GCAACUAGUGCCUCUGUCUCAGUGUCUCCUCUCCUUUCCCCGCUUUUCCUCUCUCUUUGUCUUUUCACUACUUUCCCCCUCAUUCUGUUGUUCCCGUCGGCGGAUGAUUCGUGUGUUUCUCCUUGACGCGGCUCUGAUUUCCUUUGUGUAAAAAAAAAUCGCGCAUUUGCACGGACUCGCGCAGCGCGCACACUGCUCCGGUUAAACCAGCGCCGUUUCCUCUUCUAUAGGUAAACGGAAAUAAGAAUAAAGAACAUGCAUCUUUACAAUUUCAUUGGUAUUUCCCCAUGUAAGCACACACAUUCCCACCGUAUGUUAAUAUUUAGUGUAUAGCAGUUAGAACGAGCGCUGGUUUGAGGUUUAGAGAGACCGGGCUGUAAGUAGGUCGGGCUGGGUUUAAGCGGCUUUAGCCUGCGUCAGCCUAAGCUGGGAGGAAUUCACCCAAAGCCCUCCGCGGUAGGCGGGGGCCUAAACGAGGCUGGCCUAGUUAAGCCUGAUUCUUAUUGUGUGCCUGUGUGUGUUGUGUAACACAGAGCAGAGAAGACCUCGGAUGAGCGAGAGUACAUGCGUUAGACUGUGUUUGAUUGAGAAUCCAUAAAGGGGGAGGAAGAAGAGGGACAAGGAAGAGAGGAGAGAGUGAGUGAGUGAGUGAGAGUUAAAUCAGUAUUAGCCUGAGCCUCGUCACGGAGCACUGAGUGAAGGAACAGGAAGAAAAGGGAGGUAGACAACCAGACCAAAUGUAAAAAGGAAAGGAAAAUAAGCAAGUUAUUGAGUUGAGUUAGUGCUGGUGUCUAGGCUUGGCCUAGUCUGGUUCCCUGGGCUAUGUUCUAAGAUGGCGUCUGGGUCCGUCUACAUGUCAUCCAGUAUGGUGGGUAAGGCUCGCUCCUCCAACUUCACCCUGUCUGAGAAGCUGGACCUGCUGAAGCUGGUGCGCCCACACAUCCGCAUCCUGGAGGAGCACACCAACAAGCACGCCGUCAUCGUGGACAAGAACAAGUGCUGGGACACAGUGUCGGAGCAGUAUAACGUCCUGGGGGGGGACAGGCCCCCCCGCACUGCCCAAGGCCUACGCACCCUCUACAAGAGGCUGAAGGAGUCGGCCAAACAGGAAGUGAUGCAACGGAGACACGCCCAGCCAGAGUACAGAGGAAGUAUAUCUGAACCAACCAGGAGAGUGAUGGAGAUGAUACCUCACCUGUUCCAUCACGGAGCUAUCCACCAUGAUAAAGACCCAGCGACGAUGCAUAGGAUGAUGUAUAAGCAUGACUCUCCCAUGGAGCAGCCUGGCAGCAGCUCCUCCCUCCCAGACUACCCAUCAAACCCCAUCACCCACCACCUGGACCAGGAUGUGAUCAGGCUGGACCAGGACAUGAUCAGGCUGGACCAGGACGUGAUCAGGCUGGACCAGGACGUGAUCAGGCUGGACCAGGACGUGGUCAGGCUGGACCAGGACGUGGUCAGGCUGGACCAGGAUGUGGACGUGAAGCCUCCGCCAGACCUGACCAUCCUCUCCACGCGUGUGGGGGCGGUGCUAGGAGGUGAGGGGGGGGAGGAGGAAGAUGAGGAGUUGGGCAGUGUCCAUGGUUACGACGGCUCCCUCUCUCCCUGCUCAUCCUCCGUCGCCCUGCCCCUCUCCACCUCACCCGUUCCCCUGCAACGUGACCUUUACCCUCAUGACCACUACCCCCGCCGUGACCCUGACAGGCUCCACCCCCUUCAGCUGGCCAAGGAGGAGCACGAGCAGGUCAUGGCCAAUCACAGAAAGAUGGGCGUAUACCUGGAGGAGAAGAGGGAGGGGCUAAAGAGGAAGCAGGAACUGGAGGAAGAGCUUAUGAGAGCGAAAAUCAAAGUAGAGAAACUGAGGGCAGCCAGGCUGAGACAUGGACUACCACUGCCCCUAUAAGACACACCCAUGGCCUGGUAGGACUGACCAUUUGGAACUCAGGAGGAUGCUCUGAAUUGUUAGUAUUUCCGUGUUGAAUGUUUAGCGUGUGGAAGAGGGGUUUGGCCUGAGAAAUAAUGUGUUUGAGGGAUGAACAAUGUGUUUUGAGUGAGGAUUUAAAGGUCCAAUGCAGCCUUCUUUAUCUCAAUCUCAAAUAAUUUCUGGGUAACAAUUAAAAUACCUUACUGUGAUUUGUUUUCCAUUAAAAUGGUCAAAAAGAAACAAAAAUAGAUUCUUAGCAAAGUUCAAUUUCUCAAGUAAGAAUUUUGGUAGGACUGUCUGGAAGUGGUCUGAGUGGGGAGGGGAAAACUAAAAACUAGCUGUUAUUGGCAGAGCGGUUUGGAACCCUCUUUCUUAAUGGUCUAUUAACAAAUGUAUGGUGAUGUCAUCAGGCAAGCCAAAACUCCAUUCCUCCCAAACAGGCUGAAAUUUCAGCUGAUCUUUUCAAACAGCUCUUACACUAAAA